CGAAUUCAGUUAUCUACCGAUUCUCAGAUUAGAAGAUCUCCCGAAGUCGAGUUUCUUCAUUUUAAUUGGUCAGUAGUAAGAUUGGUCAUCAGGGUAUUACUGGACACUAGUUAAUAGUUGCUGCAUCAAACAAGUGCUUGCAGCCGUGAACUUCAAACAUUCAAGGGAAACAUCACGACACCAAAACACCAUAUUUGAAAGCAAGCCGAGGAAUUUAACUCUAGACCCAGUUCCAGUCUCUUCAUCCAAGACAAAUUCUCAAGAUCAUUCUCGAGCAAUGGAUUCAUCAAGCUCAGAAAUCAUUGAUUUUACAUCCUUGCCAAAAAUUGAAGUAAGUUAGUUCUAAAUGGUACAUGCAUAUUUCGUGUUGUACAUAUUUUAAUGUCCGUCCAAAACCCGACGAUACUGUUACUCCAACUACCCAGCCGCAUGAAUAACAUCGAUAUAAGGCUGAGAGAAAUUUCUUACUUAGUUACAUGCCCAUCUAAGUGGAAGUAUCAGUCGACAAUGUCUUCAUGAAGUAUGGCUUCAGAAAAAGGAAAGGGGUGAGACUACAUUGGAAGAUCCGUUAGUUGAGAUGCCGGAUGGUAAAUUCGAUUAUGAUCUUGAGACGUGAGUGAUGUUUAUUUCAUUUAUUGCUUUUCUUCUUCGGAACUAUGGGACAAGCAAACAAUUGUUCGGAUGAACGAAAUCCUGAGUUCGGGAAAGCCAUGUGCUGGGAUAGUAGUCUUUUCGCAGGCUAUCAGAUAGUCGGACUGCAUUUCAAUACCGAUAAGUUUUUGAUUCUUGGGUCAUUUAAAAGAGUUAGAUUAUCUGAGGUCGAGUCAAUGAAUUCAUUCGAAUAAUUAAUCGCUCCCAUCAUUUACAACUUUUCCAACAUUCGAAGCUGUUCGACAUUAGAAGUUUGAAUCUUCUACCAGUUCAGACAUUUACAUGUACCCCGCUUUUCACACUUCACUACCCAGCAUGUCUCAUUAUAUCUUUUCAGAUUCUUCCCACUAUUCUCCAAGUACAUCUAUGAACUCUGCAACGAUCUUUCCUCUUUAAUCUACACCACCAACUCUGUUCUUUCAGAUUUCCAAGCCGAUGGCGUAGUAUACCUCGAAUUACGCACCACACCUCGAGCCAUCCCUUCAGCUGGCAUCACCAAAGAUAUCUACAUUCAAACAAUCCUCGACUGCAUCAAUAAACACAACAAUGCAAAUCCGUCCAUGAAAACACGUUUGAUCCUCUCCAUCGACCGACGAAACGAUGCUGAAACAGCAAUGCAAGUUGUGAAACUAGCCCAUAAAUAUCAUUCCCAAGACCUAGGAAUCGUAGGAAUCGAUCUUUGUGGCGAUCCCUCCGUAGGCGAUAUAAGUAUAUUCGAAGCCGCCUUCCGCGUCGCUCAAAACCAUGGCAUGAAAAUCACGAUACAUUUUGCGGAGAUAAAACAAGUUUCGACGAAGGAAUUAGAAACGCUUUUGGAGUUUAAACCGCAUAGGAUAGGUCAUGUGAUAUACGUACCCGAAGAUCUGAAACGGGAGGUUGAAAGAUUGGGCUUGGGCUUGGAACUUUGUUUGAGUUGUAAUGUGCAUGCGAAGAUGAUUACGGGGUCGUUUGGUGAUCAUCAUUUUGGGGAGUGGUGGGGAAGAGAGGGAAAGUGUUCCGUGGUUUUAUGUGUAUGUGUUGUUUCUUUCUCUUGUUGUUUUGAUCAUCCUUUUUUUGUGUCUGCGUGGUAUUCUCUAGAGGGGAUUUAUAUUAAUAUAUCUUGAGAUUGCAUAUCCUCUCAUUACAUGAAAAUACUAACACUAACAAUAAUAACAAUAACAGACAGAUGACGUAGGAGUCUUCGGAAGCAAACUUUCGGAUGAAUACGCAUUAGUAGCUAAACAUUUCAACCUUAAUCGAAAAGAUAUUUGUAGAUUGGCACGAAAUGGAAUUGAAGUGAUUUUUGGGAGUGAAGAGGAUAGGGGAUGGUUGAGGGAAGUUAUGUGGAGGGAGUAGUGGCUGGAGAGAUUAGAUUUCAAGAGUUGCAAUUUUGUAGAUAUUGUAGAAUAGUAGAACGAGAAUCUGCUUUUAAA